AUGGCGGUAGCGGCAGCGGCGACCGGAGCCGCCGGCGGCGGCGGCGGCGGCCGGGCGCAGCAGCGGAGCGGCUGGCUGGAAGUCCUGGUGCGGGACCGCUGGCACAAAGUCCUGGCCAACUUGGGCGAGGAUGCCCUGGUGCUGAGCUGCGAGGAGCGCGCCGACGGCGCAGCCCACAACGGCGUCGGGGCCAGCGGCAACGGGGCGCCUUGCCGAGGGGCUGCCGCUGGCCGCGGGAGCCAGCCGGGCGCCGCGGGCAACCCCGGCGGGGCAGCCGAGCCCUCGGGCGGCGGCGGUAGCAGCAGCCCCAAGCCGGGGGGUGGCCCCGGGGUGCGCACCGCCUUCACCGAGCUCCCCGAGCAAGUGCCCGACGCCAUCUCCAACAAGAAGCGGUGCGUGAAGGUGCAGAAGCAGGAGCUGGGCGGGCUGGGCAUCAGCAUCAAGGGCGGCAAGGAGAACAAGAUGCCCAUCCUCAUCAGCAAGAUAUUCAAGGGGCUGGCGGCCGACCAGACCCAGGCCCUCUACGUGGGCGAUGCCAUCCUGGCCGUGAACGGGACGGACCUGCGGGACGCCACCCACGACGAGGCGGUGCAGGCGCUCAAGCGGGCGGGCAAGGAGGUGCUGCUGGAAGUGAAGUACAUGCGAGAAGCAACCCCAUAUGUGAAGAAAGGUUCUCCAGUUUCAGAAAUUGGGUGGGAAACGCCUCCACCUGAAUCACCACGGCUGGGAGGUGUAUCCUGUGACCCACUGUCGCAGCUUUCUCUCGUCAUCCACAGAGACAAAAAAACAAUUCCACUCAAAAUGUGCUACGUGACGCGCAACAUGGCUGUGUCGGAUCCUGAAAACAGGCUUCUUGAAGUCCAUUCACCUGAUGCCAAGCACACUGUGGUUCUAAGGAGUAAGGAUUCAGCCACAGCCCAGGCCUGGUUCAAUGCUAUCCACUCCAGUGUGAGUGAUCUUAUUCCCAGGGUGAUUUCAGAGGUGAAAGACCAUCUGGGUAAAACCGGGAUCGCUGGAAGUCGAGAGAUUAGGCAUCUAGGCUGGCUUGCAGAAAAGGUGCCAGGAGAGAAUGAGAAGCACUGGAAGCCAGCACUGGUUGUACUGACCGAGAAAGACCUUUUAAUAUACGACAGCAUGCCACGAAUGAAAGAAGCUUGGUUCAGCCCUCUCCAUACUUACCCUCUGCUAGCCACCAGGUUGGUCCAUUCAGGUCCAGGUAAAGGAUCCCCACAAUCUGGGGUGGAUUUAUCUUUUGCAACACGCACCGGUACAAGGCAAGGGAUUGAAACCCAUCUCUUCAGGACAGAGACUAGCAGAGACCUCUCACUGUGGACAAGGAACAUAGUGCAGGGCUGCCACAAUUCAGCUGAGCUCAUCACGGAAAUCACAACCUCUUGCACCUACAAAAACCAGGAGUGCCGUUUGACCAUCCAUUAUGAACAUGGAUUCUCUCUCACAGUUGAACCACAAGAUGGUGCCUUGUCCAAAACAAUUGCACAGUGCCCCUAUGAAAAACUAAAAAUGUCUUCAGAUGAUGGCAUUAGGAUGCUUUAUUUAGACUUCGGAGGCAAAGAUGGAGAAUUUCAACUGGACCUUCAUUCUUGUCCAAAGCCAAUUGUGUUCAUCAUUCAUUCAUUCCUUUCAGCUAAGAUUACAAGACUUGGUUUGGUGGCGUAA